AUGUUAAUGUUUCGUUUGCAAUGACACAACGCUGCCAACCUCAAGUGAACAAGCGGAUAAAAAAUUACUUUUUAUACAUUAGCGGGAAAGGUUAUACCAAUUUCGAAUGGCCGCAAGAGGUAAACAGUCUUUUCUCGUAAAACUGAAUUCAAUAAUUCGACAAUACCGUGACGUGUUUCAUUUGAUAAAAUGAGCAAACGGUUGAAGUUAGUUGGUCUCGCAUCGUCGAGAACUUUACGUUCAGGAAAAACUCUUGCUAAUACGGAUUCUUCGGAGAAGACGUCACCUUAUUUCGCCAGGAAGAAGAGAACCGGCUCGAAGAAACACAUACCGAUCAAGAUCGAAUACGAAGCGGCUGAUGACAAGACAAAUAUCGAAGAUACUAAUCUAAUAUCAGAUGUUGCGAUAAAAACUGAAAAUGUUGAGACAUCAAUAGAUACAAAAGAUAUUAAAAUUGAAAAACAUGAGAUAGAAGAGGAGUAUGUAGAGCAAUCGACAGAUUUAAAAAACAUUAAGGAUGAGAAACAGUGGACACCACCGAAUUGGGAGACUAUUUUUGAAAAUAUUAAAGAAAUGAGGAAAUAUGAGACAGCUCCAGUUGACACAAUGGGCUGCCACAAGUGUACAGACCCUAAUGCCACUCCUGUGAUAUCCAGAUAUCAAUCAUUAGUAGCUCUGAUGCUGAGUAGUCAAACAAAAGAUCAAGUUACGCAUGCUGCUAUGCAGCGUCUUAAUAGUUAUGGUUGUAAACCAGAUAUAAUAGCAGCCACUCCCGAUGAAGUUCUGGGCAAACUUAUAUAUCCAGUUGGAUUUUGGAAAAGGAAGGUAGAAUACAUAAAAAGAACGUCAGUGAUCCUUCUAAAUAAAUAUAAUGGUGACAUACCAAAAACAGUACAAGAAUUAUGUGAAUUACCAGGAGUAGGUCCUAAAAUGGCUCAUAUAUGCAUGAGAACUGCAUGGGGAGAAGUAUCUGGUAUUGGUGUGGAUACACACGUCCAUAGGAUUUGCAACAGAUUAGGAUGGGUAAAAAGAUCAACCAAAACACCAGAGGAGACAAGAAAAGAACUGGAGGAUUGGCUUCCUAGAUCAAUGUGGAGUGAAGUAAAUCAUCUCCUUGUGGGAUUCGGUCAAGAAACUUGUUUACCUCGAUUUCCUAAAUGUUCAGAAUGUCUUAACAAAGAUAUCUGUCCAUAUGGUUCAAAAAACAUAAAGACAAAGAAGUGAUGUUUAUUUAUAUGUACACAAUGUUGAUUACAAAAUAUAUUUAUUUAGAUUUUUUGCAG